CCUCACGCCCCGCCCGCCCUACCACAGCUAAAUGGUUUUCGUCCUUGGAUCGGUUUGUCCUGCGGAGAGCAAUCCACGGCCAUGGUCCCGGCUCUGCCCGCCCGCUGCGCAUCUGCCCUUCUCCUCUGACUCCGCCCCGCAUCUGUCCGGAACCGCCUCCCGCCUGAGCUGACCCAGUGCGUGUCUGCCAGUCAGUCCCUCCGGACCUGCCGCGAGUCUCAGACUGCCGAAAUUACCGCGCGUCACUCGCCUCAACAGUGAUUCUGAGUCUGCUUUUAGCUUCCUUCUCCUUGGCUUUCUUCUGUUUGUGAACAGCUGCUUGGCCCAUAGCUUAGAGAAACCAGCCUUUUUUUCUCUCCCAAGAGAGCCACUCCCUGUACUCAGAAAGAUGGGGAGUGGAGAGCCUAAUCCUGCUGGCAAGAAAAAGAAGUACCUAAAGGCUGCCCUGUACGUGGGUGACUUGGACCCAGAUGUCACGGAGGACAUGCUAUAUAAAAAGUUCAGGCCUGCUGGCCCUCUGCGCUUCACCCGAAUCUGCCGUGACCCCGUGACCCGCAGCCCCCUGGGCUAUGGUUAUGUUAACUUCCGCUUUCCUGCAGAUGCUGAGUGGGCCCUGAAUACCAUGAAUUUUGAUUUGAUUAAUGGCAAACCUUUCCGCCUCAUGUGGUCUCAGCCAGAUGACCGCUUAAGAAAGUCUGGAGUUGGAAAUAUAUUCAUCAAAAACCUGGACAAAUGCAUAGACAAUAGGGCCCUUUUUUAUUUAUUUUCUGCUUUUGGGAACAUUCUCUCCUGCAAGGUCGUAUGUGAUGACAAUGGCUCUAAGGGUUAUGCCUAUGUGCACUUUGACAGCCUGGCCGCUGCCAAUAGAGCCAUCUGGCACAUGAAUGGAGUGCGGCUUAACAACCGCCAGGUGUAUGUUGGCAGAUUCAAAUUCCCAGAAGAGCGGGCAGCUGAAGUCAGAACCAGGGAUAGAGCAACUUUCACCAAUGUUUUUGUUAAAAACUUUGGAGAUGACAUGGAUGAUGAAAAACUGAAGGAAAUCUUUAGUGGAUAUGGGCCAACUGAGAGUGUUAAGGUAAUAAGAGAUGCCAGUGGGAAAUCUAAGGGCUUUGGAUUUGUGAGGUAUGAGACACACGAGGCUGCCCAAAAGGCUGUAUUAGACCUGCAUGGAAAGUCCAUCAAUGGGAAAGUUCUAUAUGUAGGGCGAGCACAGAAGAAAAUUGAACGAUUGGCUGAGUUAAGACGAAGAUUUGAACGGCUGAGAUUAAAAGAAAAAAGUCGGCCUCCGGGGGUGCCUAUCUAUAUUAAGAACCUGGAUGAGACCAUCGAUGAUGAGAAACUGAAGGAGGAAUUUUCUUCCUUUGGAUCAAUUAGCCGGGCCAAAGUGAUGGUGGAAGUAGGGCAAGGCAAAGGGUUUGGUGUUGUUUGCUUCUCCUCUUUUGAAGAAGCUACCAAAGCAGUGGAUGAGAUGAAUGGUCGCACAGUGGGCUCCAAGCCCCUGCAUGUAACCCUGGGCCAGGCCAGGCGCAGGUGGUGAGAAUUAGAAUGCACAGUUUGUUUCAGCCUUAAGCUGGUGCCUACUUAGUUUGGGCUACUUUGUGAUAAGAGGUUAUUUUAUUCCAGGUUGUUUUUUUUUUUUUUAAGUGAAUACUUUCUUUAAAAAAAAAAAAGUAAAACUAGAAAACCUGUUCAUUUUAGUGAAGAACAUAAUUUCUAAUUGUAAAACUGUCAUUUUGUACUAUUUUUUGAUAAAAUAUCCUUAGGAAUAUGUAGAAUAAAAUUCAUCCCUCCACAUACUGUUUUUUUCCUAAACCAGUCCAGGUAAGGUAAUUGCUUGAGUAUAGUUCCUUCCUUAUUCCAGUUAUAAUACUAAAUAUAAUUGCUUCUGUGAAAAUAUUCUCAAAAUGGACAUUAUUUCUGAAUCUAUCACGCAGAAAACCUCUAACUUGCUUUUUGAGAAAUCAGUAGAGCAGGGGAAAAUGUAUGUGAUCCACUUAACAUUUGUGCAUAAUUUUACCUUAUUUAAGAUGAAUGUUAUUUUAAAGAGAUGUGAGUUUCUUUAUUUAUACUUUUCCCCCCUUUUCUGAUAUAUUGUGGGCAUACCACAGAGUUGACAGUGGCUUUGACUAAGUGUUGGGAGUUUUCUUUAACUUCAUGCCCAGAGAAAUAAACAUAUUGGUGUUUUCUCAAUCAGUACGUUAGGAAAUUAACACUUUAAGCAUUCUUAAAAUGGUAAGUUUCAUCUUAAAAAUCUUUCCUGAGAGAUUUAACAUAUGAGGACAAUUUAAGGAGCAUUCUUGCCACUCAUUUUUUAAAACUCCUUAGUAGUAUAGAUGGGUCAUGUUAAAAUAGUGAAAAAGAUGAAUAACUGCACUGAAUUGCCUUUACCUAUAGAUAAUUUUAAAAUUUUAUCUCUGCCUCUAUAAAGUGUCAGUAUAAGGUAAAUAAUCCAUAUAGUGAUGUUGAAAAACUACAUUGAAGAAUAUCUUCUAUUAAACUUGUCAUUAUCUCUUGUAAAUUUUUCAAUACAUCCAUGUGAUAAUAUUCACAUAUGUAUCAAAAGUAAGGAAAAGCUUGUCUCUCUUGAUUAAAUCCUAUGCCUCCAUCUAUUAUAUGAGAGCUACUAAGCCAGUAUGGUUCUCUUUGUGUCUGGCUGCUUGGAAGCUGUGACAAAAUGUUCUGUUCUAAAUUGCAGUUACAUUAUUUAGCCUGUAAUUUCUCGAUUACAGAUUUUCCAUAUUUUACUUGUAGUCCCCUCUUUUCCCCACCCAUCUACCUUCCAUCCAUAUUAUACUUACUUUUAUGUUUUCUUUAGAUUGCCUUUCAUUUAAUAUGUGGGUGUUCAAAUCCAUUUUGGAAGUAGAGAAGUUAUUAAUUUAUGUAAAAUUUAAAUAAUUACUUUUUAAAAAUAGGAUUCACUCAUAUCACAGACCCAACCAUAAGAAAGUGUUUUGUCUCUAUUCUUAAUUGGCUUUUAUUAUGUUAUAUAGAUAUUUUAGGUUAAAUACAUAGUGCAAUAUAAAUAUAUAAUUUUGUUAACACUUUUGUUAGCUAUGUGCCCAUAAAAUAAUGAGAAAAAGCUGUUUCUGUGUAAUUGUUUAUCUACAAAUUACAUUUUUAUUCAUUAUCAAGUAUUUUCAAAUGGAAAUCACUUUUUGUUGAUCAUAUACAUAAUACAUGCUUGUUUAAAAAAUGUACACAGUGCAGACAUUUAUAAAGAAGUAAGAUUUCCACAGUUCAGAGAUAACCACUAUUCGUGUUUUCAAUGCAUACAUAUACUUCCAUGCUUUUUCUCCUAUGUAUACACACACUAUUUUACAAACAAACAAAAAAAACAUACUAUAUGUACUGUGUUUUGUUAAAUUUUAAACUAAAACAUAAUCUUUUUAUGUCAAUAAAUAUUGAUCUGUAUCAUCAUUUUAGUGACUGCACAGAUUCCAUUGUGUGGAUGUAUUAUAGGUUAUCUAAGUAACACAUUAUUGAAUAAGAUUUAUAUGCUUUUCAAUGUUCUCUACAUUUGUUUUUUUUAAAGAUUUUAUUUAUUUACUUGACAGAGAGAGACACAGCCAGCGAGAGAGGGAACACAAGCAGGGGGAGUGGGAGAGGAAGAAGCAGCUCCCAGCGUAGGAGCCUAAUGUGGGGCUCAAUCCCAGAAUGCCGGAAUCAGGCCCUGAGCCGAAGGCAGACGCUUAACGACUGAGCCACCCAGGCGCCCCAAUGUUCUCUAAAUUUGUAAACAAUGCUGUGAUUAACUUCCUUGCUUAAAACAGUAUGAGUUAUAUGAGCUUGAGAAAAAGUAUAGCAUAUAAAAUCUUAAGCCUGCCAGAAAAAUUUAAGCGCACAUUAUAUUGAUAUAUGUAUCAAAAUUCUGAAAAAACAUUCAAGAUAUAUUCUUAAAUUGACAAAAGUAAAACUAAAAACUAAUGGGAUAUAAUUUUUCAUAUUUUCUGAGCCCACUUGUUUUAUACCAUUGUGAUAAUUAAAAUAUAUGAAAACAAUCCAAACAAAUUUUAAAAUAGUUACUUUGGUAAUUAUUUACCGUAUGUACUCUCUACUCCUUUUUACCCAUUACCAGUUUUCAUUUAAAUUUAUGAACUUGAAGUGGUAGUGUUAACUUAAAACCUUGACAAAUGCUUUGAUUCAGUAUAAAUCAAGAAAGAUUUCUAGUAGGUAAAAAUCUUCAAGUAUAAGCAUUUAAUACAUUUUGGGAAAUUAGUCAAGUAUUUAAAUAAUUACUAUUUUCAAGAAGUCAGCCAGUAUAAAUAAAGGUCUAAUUAAAAUAUGCCCAAGGACAGAUAAAACAUAUAUGUUAGGACACUGCAAAAUAGUCAAAAACUCUCUAAAUUUAGUUGCUAAAAAGGAGGAAAAGAUAAAGCAAAGAUAAUCUCUAUUUGAACACAAACACCUGGGUAGUUUUCCAGUCUUGUACUUUUCAUUUUUAACUACAUUUAAUAGACUAAUAAUUAAGGCUUCCAAGGGGGAGCAAAACAACCGAACCGCUUGAAUUGGUGAAAAGGCAUUAAAAACAUUUCCUAGCACAAGACAAUUAAUAAAAAUUAGUAAAACAAUACUAUCAAUUGUCAUGGUAAACUUAAGAAUGGACUGUUUAAUACAGGUUUUGUUUGUUUUUCUUCUUUUUUAUUUUUUUAGCUUUUCAAAAAGUCAUUGUACAAACUUCAAAUGUGCCCAGGGAGAAGAAAAUUAAGAACAUUGCUUUGUGGGACACCUGGGUGGUGCAGUAGGUUGAGUGUCCAACUCAUGGUUUCAGCUCAGAUCAUGAUCUCAGGAUCCUGGGCUAGAGCCCUGCUUUGGG